GUUGUGCCGAGGCCAAAAAAAACGCGUCUCGAUGGCUAAAGCAAGCCCCGAUCUGAUGCCUUGUCGGGGUAGUUCUCUAGCAGACUCUUCAAUUGGCCCUCCCCUUCUUUUCUGUAGCCAUCCAUCCCGCGCUUGCUGCAGAGAUCAUACGAUUUUUUCUCCCUCGUCACUGUCCGCCCUGUGCAUCCACAGGCUAGGCCCUUGAUACGCUCUGAUAUAUUGGGUUCCUACCUUUAUACAUCCCGGCACAGACAUGAGCUCUGCAAAUGGAUAUGGCACCGUCGCGGGCGCCAGGUUGCCCGGCGCAAUUAGCGGCGACGAGGGGCAGUCGCUACUGCGCAAUGGCAAUGGCAACAGCACCCCCAAGAAGUCGGUCCGCCAGAAGCUGACGGUCGACGUGCGGCGCGACUGGGCCGACUUGGUGCUGCUGUUUUGCUACAUCAUCACGGGCCUGCUGGACAGCUCGUCCAUCUCCAUCUGGGGGUCAUUUGUGUCGAUGCAGACGGGCAACACCGUCUACAUCGGCCUCGGGCUCGCCGCCCCGUCCGAGUCGACGCGCUGGGUCAAGUCGCUCACGUCGCUCGGCUUCUUCUGCAUCGGCUCCUUCUUCUUCAGCCGCUUCCACCGCGCCUUCGGCCCCAAGAAGCGCUGGGUCCUAGUGACCUCGUUCGCCGUCCAGGCCGCCCUGUGCACCGCCGCCGCCGUGAUCCUGACCUUUGGCCCCGCGGCCGGCGCCCACGACAUCACCUGGAACGUGCUAGUGCCCAUUGCCCUAAUCGCCUUCCAGUCGUGCGGCCAGGCCGUCACCAGCCGCGCCCUCAAGUACAACGCCCUGACCUCGGUCGUGCUGACCUCCAUCUACUGCGACCUCUUCAGCGACCCGGCCCUGUUCGGCUUGUACAACGCCGAGCGAAACCGCCGUGCCGCCGCCCCGCUGCUGCUGCUCUUUGGUGCCUUUUGCGGCGGGCUCAUGGCCCACAGCAGCUUCGGCAUCGCCGGUGCCCUGUGGACUGCCGCCAUGCUCAAGACCUUCAUCGUCAUCGCCUGGUUUAUCUGGCCUUCUGAGCCGGCGUCGGAGGAGUAGACCGCGACGGGAAGCAACGGAAAAGAUGGCAAGAAUAGGUGGGCAAGAUGGAGGGCGAGGGCAUUGUGCUUGUCUGAUGCUUGACUAAGUACCUCGCACCAAUGCAGUUCAUGUUUGGAGAGCUUAUACACGCAUAGCCAGCGCAAUCAACAAUUUGAUAAAAGCUACGUAAUGGAUGGCCAUUGUCUCUUCCCGAUAUCGUCCUCGUGCAACAGCGACACACACCGGUGUUGAUGUC